AUGUCAUCUUCCCCGUCGUCGUCGUCGACCUCUUUCAUGACCACGACACGAAUUUCAGCCACAACAAGCUCUUCAGCCCUCGGAAAUCAUGUCAACCAUAGUGUCUCAACUGCUGUAAAUAAUAACAACAAUAAUGGCAACAACAACCAUAACAACAGCAACACUAACAACAAUAACACUCCUUCAUCUCCAUCCACCGGAAAUUCUCUUCUCAAUUCCAUUAAACGAAAACUUACCAAAACAUCCGAAAAGCUGUCGAGUCCAAGAAUCACUAAGAAGCAGCAGGCAUCAUCAGUUCCUAAUUUACAAACUCGAUCGAAUCUUCAUGAAAGUACAAAUCAUAAUAAUAGUAGUACUGGUAGUAGUAGUAGUACUUUUAAUAAUGAUCAUCCUGUCUCUCCUCCGAUGAGUAGUAAUAGCAAUAAUAGCAGUAAUAGUAAUAGUAAUACCAAUAGCAGUCCUCAGACAAAACGUAAAAUUCCUCUUCUUUCUCUAUGGAAUCUUCAUCCAACGAGUACGUUAACUGUGGCCACACAAAAUACAAAAGAAGCUUUGGAAACCUUUUUGGAUGAAACUCUUCAAGAAGUUCCUCCUCCUCCUUCUUGUUCUUCUUCGAAUAAUCAUGAAAUGGUUUCAUCUCCGAGAAUUUCCAUUGUGUCAAACGUUCAAAAUCUUUGGAUCGAAACAGUCACUCGAGUUUAG